CAGCUGACAGAAGCAGCGGCUUCUCUGACUCCAAGAGGAGCAGGGCUUUUAUUUUGAAGGCAACGGUUUGCAGCGGUGCAAAAGUGUAAACACGGCUCGGACAAGGUUCAAAAUAGAGCACUUCCUUUAGAUCUAUGAGGCUUGUCUUGAGCCAUGUCCAUGUACAGAGCCCUCCUGACCCGCAGGCUCAGGGGAGCUGUCUCUCCACCACUCGUCCGCCUCAGGUCCGCAGGCGUAGCUGAACCCGGCCUAAGGAGGUCUGAUGAGGAGCAAACCUGGGACCCGUCGGGCGACCUGCCCUUCUCCAGAGCCAGAGUAGGAACGUUCUUCCAAGAGAGCCCCAUGCUGAAGAACCCGUUCCUGGAAGAUGCCUUGCUCAGAGGGUACCUCAGGAGGCACCUGCCAGAGGAGGCAGUACUUACAGACCUGUGUGGAUUUGGGGAGCGUGUUGCGAAGGAGGUGGAUGCGUGGGGCAGACAGUGUGAGGUCAACCCCCCACGAUUGGUGCAGUUUGAUCCCUGGGGUCGGAGAGUGGACCACAUUGUGACCUCCUCAGCCUGGAAACGCAUGAAAGACCUCUCAGCACAGGAAGGAAUGGUUGCCAUUGGAUACGAAAGGCCAGCUGGAGAGUGGAGUCGUGUGUACCAAAUGAGCAAGCUGUACAUCUUCUGUCCCUCUGCUGGCCUCUUUACCUGUCCACUGGCCAUGACCGAUGGCGCGGCCAAAGUCAUCCAGUCCUUAGGAGUUUCGUGGCCUGUAGAAGAAGCCUACAGUCGCUUGACCACUCGUCAGCCUGAACGUUUCUGGACGUCUGGACAGUGGAUGACAGAAAGACAGGGAGGAUCUGAUGUUGGCACUGGCACAGAGACAGUAGCUGUUCCCCAGUCGGACGGUUCCUACAGGCUCCACGGUUUCAAAUGGUUCACCUCUGCCACCGAUGCAGACAUGACUCUGACGCUGGCCAGAGCGCAGGACCCGACAGGAGCAACCACACCGGGCAGCAGGGGUUUGUCUCUGUUCUAUGCAAACGUGAGUCGGGAUGAAGACGGCAGGCUUCGAGGUAUAGAGGUGCAGAGGCUGAAGGACAAGCUGGGUACCAGACAGGUGCCGACCGCUGAGCUACUGCUGGAUGGCCUGCCAGCACACAGGUUGUCAGAGGAAGGGAGAGGAGUAGCCUCCAUAGCUAACAUGCUGACUAUCACGAGGAUCUACAACAGCGUGUCUGCAGUUGCUGCAAUGAGAAGGGUGGUCCAGCUGGCACGGGACUACGCCGCGCGCCGCACGGCCUUUGGGAAGCUUCUGAAGGACCACCCGCUGCACAUGCAGACGCUCGCUAGGAUGGAGGUGGAGACUCGCGGAGCGUUUCUCCUCGCGAUGGACACGUGUCGCCUUUUGGGCCGAGAGGAAACCGGCGUGGCGUCGGAGCUCGACGCACACCUGUUACGCCUGCUCACGCCUGUGGUCAAGCUGUACACUGGGAAGCAGGCAAUGGCUGUAGUGUCUGAAGGUCUGGAAAGCUUUGGGGGUCAGGGCUACAUGGAGGAUACUGGAUUGCCAGGAAUUCUUCGUGAUGCACAGGUGUUGAGUAUAUGGGAAGGAACAACAAAUGUUCUGUCUCUGGAUGUGCUGCGCUGCGUGGCUCGGAGCUCAGGAAUGGUCCUUCAUGCAUACUUCACUCAUGUCAAAACUCUGCUCGCAGGUGCAUCGGGCGUCUCUGCACUGGCUCCAGCUGUGAAGGCCGUGGAUGAUGCUCUGUCUGAACUGCACGGGUUUGUUCAGUUAGCCGCUACAAGGGCACCUGGCUACUUGGAACUGGCUGCUAGAGACCUAGCAUACAGUCUGGCUCGCACGUACACAGGUGCCCUUCUCAUUGACCACGCAUGCUGGAAAGGAUCCUCCCCAUCGGACACAUACGCAGCUCUCAGGUGGUGUGAACAGGAGCUGUGUCCAGUAGUGACUAAACAAGCCAGAGGCUGCUAUGAAUCCAACACGCCACCACUCGAUUCUGCGCUGGUCUAUGAUCGUCCCACCCAAGACUGAACGUCUGAAUAUACCCCCUGAUCUGCCGUCAAUGUGCCUCAUGAUUCUGUGUCUGGUUCUGACCUUCUACAUUUAAUUAUUGAGUGACUGAGACCGUAUUUUAUGGAAAACUGAAGAUCUAAAUGAGCAAAAACAACGUGUUCUUUAUGUAAAACAUAUUGAAAAUACUAGAUGAUGACACUGAUAUACUUAUGAAGGUGAAGUACCUGGAAUGAAUAUGACGUCAUUUUUAGUAAUUCGAGGGGCCUGGGUGCACCAGACACUUCAAGAACAGGAGUAAACAAGGAUUCACGUAACAUGAAAGCAAAGGUCAGAGGCAGGAGGAAGUGACCUGUAACACUGAAUUAUUACUUGUGUAUAUAUAUAUAUAUGGAACGCUUUUGACAUAAAUAAAAUAAUGCCUAUGGUCCAAUACUA